AUGCAUAAACCUUCGCUGGCUCAAAUAGUGCACAGCACACUGUUUCCGCGCCCGCGCGCAAGCGAUCCGGCCACCUUUUCUGCGCACAUCACUCGCAACCUGGUUCCAGAAGUCCGAAUCGAGACGUCGACGUUCUAUGGAUCUCUGGACUGCCCCGAGGCUCAAUAUCCCGGGCUUGACUAUUCAUACGGUCCUCAUCGCAUGAGGUUGGGCCGAUUCCCAUGGCAUCGCAGACUGUUCCGAGCCUUUGAUGAGCUUGGCCUUACCGAGACUGAGAUCUCUUCCUUAUGUCGCUGGGAGGGCACCAAGUCGGCGCGGGAGCGUUACGAAAAGGAAGAAGGGGUGAAAGUACGCGAUACUACCGCAGAUAGCAUCCGGCCCGCGUCCCCCUCUCCCCUCCCCUCUAUUGAAGUCCACUACGAGGACUACGAGGAUGACGAGGAACCUUUCCCGGAAGUGGACCUCCACUUUGAUACAUGCGAAACUGUGCGCCCCACCAGCGGCCUGAUUGAUGAUCGGGGAAUCGACUGUAUUGUGGAAGAAAAAGACGAGGAAGAUUCAAGCGAUGACGAGAUGGAAAGCUGCGGCGUGGAGCUGAACCAUCGCCUGAUGGCGGCGACCGCAGCCCGCGAACAGGGGGACGACGUGCCACUGGAUGAAGACUGGGAGCAGUGGCUGAAGGAAGCCGGAGAGCGAGGAAGCUACACCGACGUGCUUAGUGCAAUCCGCAUGGGCCAACCAUUGAGUUACCUUUACGACAUGCCUUCUUCAAUGCCACCGCUCGGGAGGGCAGGUGUUCGACCAUCCGCCUCACUUUCCGAGCCAUUUAUCGCACCCACCCCGUCCAUACUGUCGGGCAGGGGGGUCCGGCGCUAUGCUCAUUCGCCAUCCCGGGCGGGACGCUAG